AAUACACUUCCGACAACACGGAAGUCGUGACGUUGCGCUGCUGAAUGGAGGACUGACACAAACUUCACUCCGAUCGUACAGUGACUUACAAAGUUUGCGAAUUUUACAAUGGCCAAUUCUAGCGCGGACCCGACAACACUGUGCCUGUUUGAUGUGGACGGGACUUUAACAGCAGCACGACAGAAAGCAACUCCUGACAUGCAUCAGUUUUUGAAUGAUCUCAGACAGCGAGUAAAAGUCGGGGUGGUCGGAGGAUCAGACCUGGACAAAAUUAAAGAACAGCUGGGUGAUGAUGUUAUUAAUAGAGUGGAUUAUGUGUUUGCUGAGAAUGGUUUGGUAGCAUACAGGUUUGGGCAGCUACAUUCUAUCCAGAAUAUUCAGGCAUACUUGGGAGAGGAGGUUUUACAGGAUUUUAUCAAUUUCUGCCUCAAUUACCUUUCAAAGAUAAAACUGCCCAAGAAAAGAGGCACAUUUAUUGAAUUCCGUAACGGAAUGCUGAAUGUCUCUCCAAUUGGUCGAAGCUGCAGCCAAGAAGAACGAACUGAAUUCUUUGAACUUGAUAAGAAGGAGAAAAUCAGAGAAAAGUUUGUCUCUGUUUUAAGGGAAGAGUUUGCCGGGAGAGGACUAUCUUUCUCCAUUGGUGGGCAGAUCAGCUUUGAUGUGUUUCCAGAGGGAUGGGAUAAACGAUACUGUCUGGGAAUUGUAGAGAAAGACUCAUACCAGUGCAUCCAUUUCUUUGGAGACAAAACUAUGCCUGGAGGAAACGAUUAUGAAAUCUUUGUAGACCCCAGAACAAUCGGUCAUGAGGUCAAGUCACCAGAGGACACACAGAGGAUCUGCAAGGAGCUCUUCUUCAGAUCUGCCAUCCAGGAUGAAGUACAGUAGAAUACAAUCUCCAAGAACUGGGAAAUUACGAAUAGAAACCUUACUUGACUUAUGCAAGCCAUUAUUGUCUUUGACGAUUGUACCUCGUGACAGGUAAACCAGUACAUAAUGUUGAUUUAAUAUGUAAUCUGAUAUUAGUUACGAAGUUAAGAAACUGACUGGUGCUACAAUCACUAUAUCUGAACUUCUGUGUCUUUAAUCACGUCAAGAUUAGAGUGUUAUUAAACAAUUUGGUCCAAAUGUAAAGACAGAUAUCAUUCAGUUAUGACAGGAUGGGUUUCAUGAGAUGUUACUGUACAUGUUGUGUUAUUGGUUGUUGUUUUUAUAUUUUUAAAGCGAUUAAUAACAACGGGUGUUUACUGGACUAAAAUUAAUGGUGAAGGUACUACAAUUUAGGUCUCAUAAGUAAGAUUUUGUUUCAAAUUACACUUAGACUUAAGUUCAUUUUUCUGACUAGAAAACCAGUAGGUUUUAUUUUUUGCUUGAGGUAAUCUCUAGCCAAUUAAGUGAAUGAGCCAGUUUAGGUAUAUUUAACACAUACAAGUCCAAAACUGCAAGGAAGAGUACUGUAUAUCUUCUGAACUAAACACAUAAAAGGUGUAAAUACAUAGAAGAUCUUAUUUUUUAUUUGAAACACAUUAGAAAAAAUAAAAUUGCAAUAACCUACUCACAUGCACAUUUUAGAAUAAUGAAUAAAAGUAUUUACUAAAGUAA